UUUCAGUAGCCGUGCACUGUUUGCUCAUUGAUUGGCUCUUUGUUUUCUUCCAUUUUGUUAAGCUAACCUUACCUGUCCAGAGCCUUCUUUGCUGCUUCCUCCGGGCCUCCCUGUUAUUAUUAUUAUUUUUAUUUAUACGAAACCCCUCUCCUUGUAUUCCUGUCGUCCUGCUUAUUGCUUGCCUGCCUGCCUAUAAAUACGUUGCUGGCCAUACAUCUUGUGUCUCAUAACUCACAAGAGCUUGCAGCAGCUCCUCUUGCUCACCAAUCAUAUCGGACAAGGUAUUCUUGACACCAAGUACAGUCCAGUACUGUUGUACGGCCAGGACAAGAUAUUCCUGUGUGAAGAAUUUUCCGUGCAAACAAAGAUGGGCAAGCAAAAGAUUGUGCUCAAGUUGCCCCUGGAUGACGAGAGGAAGAGGAGGAAGGCCUUCAAGGCUGCUGUGGGCAUGAAUGGUGUGACAUCCGCCACGAUGGAGGGCGACAAGAUCAUAAUCGUCGGCGACGGUGUGGACCCCAUCUCGCUAACGACCAUGCUCCGGCGCAGCCUCGGCUACGCGGAACUGCUCAGCGUCAGCUCCGGCGAUGACAAGAAGAAGGGCGACGGAUAUGGCUACGGGAGCAGCGGUGGCAUGAUGUACGGUGGUGGCGGUGGUGGCAUGGGCGGCAGCGGCGCAUUUGGUGGCGGCAAAGAGGGAAAGGAAGGCAAAGAGAGCGGGGGUGGCAAGAGCAGCAGCGGUCAUGCAGGCUACGGCGGCGGUGGCCACUACCAGGCGAUGCAGCCGGUCUCGUACCCUGCCUAUCAGCAGUACAACCCCAUGCCGUCCUACCCCGCCGUCUACUCCUACCCUGCAGCUUACCCGCAGCAAGAACAUGACCCAGGAUGCAGCAUCAUGUGAAAAACUGUAAAUCAACAUCGCACAAGAUAAUCAGCUGGAGAGUUGAUUAUAUUGAAGGUGGCCAAACAAAUGGAGAUUAACUUGGUUGGGUUCGCCAGGACAAGAUGCUGCCUUAACCUGUUUGUGCAAGGCUGCUGGAUGAUGAUCCAGGAUGGAUGUGAUGCUUAGCUGUGACUGCGACCAUCAUCAUCCGUGUAAUUAUGUACAGGGUUGGACAGCAAAGGUGGGAACAGAGUUUGAAGUCUGGAGGUGUUCAUGGAAGGGGAGGCCGAGCUGUGACGGCAGCCUAGCUAGUCGUACGCAAGAUUGUGAUGCAAGUGCAGAUUGAGUAGCAGCCAGCAGUGUUUUCUUUUCCUUUCUUUCGUUUUUGUUAAAGAAGUUGCUGUGUUUGUUGAAGAAAAUGAGGCAAUAAAAUGAGUAUAUAUAUAUACAGAGAGAGAGAUCUGACUUU